GUGACAGAGCUUCUGGGUCGGUGGUCUGUACCGGUGUAUGCAUCUCGCGCCCCGGCUGGUAAAUUAACAUGAUGGAUUUCUCCAAACUACCCAAAAUACUCGAUGAAGAUAAAGAAAGCACAUUUGGUUAUGUGCAUGGGGUCUCAGGACCUGUGGUUACAGCCUGUGACAUGGCAGGUGCAGCCAUGUAUGAACUGGUGAGAGUGGGUCACAGUGAGUUGGUUGGAGAGAUUAUUCGGUUGGAGGGUGACAUGGCUACUAUCCAAGUAUAUGAAGAAACUUCUGGUGUAUCUGUUGGAGAUCCUGUACUGCGCACUGGAAAACCCCUCUCCGUAGAGCUUGGGCCUGGCAUUAUGGGAGCUAUUUUUGAUGGUAUUCAAAGACCUUUGUCAGAUAUUAGCAAUCAGACUCAAAGCAUCUACAUCCCCAGAGGAGUAAAUGUGUCUGCUCUUAGCAGAGAUAUCAAAUGGGAGUUUACACCUUGCAAAAACCUGCGGGUUGGUAGUCAUAUCACUGGUGGAGAUAUUUAUGGACUUGUCAAUGAGAACUCACUCAUCAAACACAAAAUCAUGUUACCCCCACGAAACAGAGGAACAGUAACGUACAUUGCUCCACCUGGAAACUAUGAUACCUCUGAUGUUGUCUUAGAGCUUGAAUUUGAAGGUGUCAAGGAGAAGUUCAGCAUGGUCCAAGUUUGGCCUGUUCGACAAGUUCGACCUGUCACAGAGAAGCUGCCAGCCAAUCAUCCUUUGUUGACUGGCCAGAGAGUCCUUGAUGCCCUUUUCCCGUGUGUGCAGGGAGGAACUACUGCUAUCCCUGGGGCUUUUGGUUGUGGAAAGACAGUGAUAUCACAGUCUCUAUCCAAAUAUUCCAACAGUGAUGUCAUCAUCUAUGUAGGAUGUGGUGAAAGAGGGAAUGAAAUGUCUGAAGUCCUUCGUGACUUCCCAGAGCUCACAAUGGAAGUUGACGGUAAGAUAGAGUCAAUUAUGAAGAGGACAGCUUUGGUUGCAAAUACCUCCAACAUGCCUGUUGCUGCUCGAGAAGCCUCUAUUUAUACUGGAAUUACACUUUCAGAAUAUUUCCGUGACAUGGGCUAUCACGUCAGUAUGAUGGCCGAUUCUACCUCUAGAUGGGCUGAGGCUCUUAGAGAAAUCUCUGGUCGCUUAGCUGAAAUGCCUGCAGAUAGUGGAUAUCCUGCAUAUCUUGGUGCCCGUCUGGCCUCUUUCUAUGAGCGAGCAGGCAGGGUGAAAUGUCUGGGAAAUCCUGAAAGAGAAGGGAGUGUCAGCAUUGUAGGAGCAGUUUCUCCACCUGGUGGUGAUUUUUCUGAUCCAGUUACAUCUGCUACUCUUGGUAUUGUUCAGGUAUUUUGGGGCUUAGAUAAGAAAUUAGCUCAACGUAAGCAUUUCCCCUCUGUCAAUUGGCUAAUCAGCUACAGCAAGUACAUGCGUGCCUUGGAUGAGUACUAUGACAAACAUUUCACAGAGUUUGUUCCUCUGAGGACCAAAGCUAAGGAGAUUCUGCAGGAAGAAGAAGACCUGGCAGAAAUUGUACAGCUUGUGGGAAAGGCUUCUUUAGCAGAAACAGAUAAAAUCACUUUGGAGGUGGCAAAACUUAUCAAAGAUGACUUCCUACAACAAAACGGGUAUACUCCUUAUGACAGGUUCUGUCCCUUCUACAAGACAGUAGGAAUGCUGUCCAACAUGAUCACGUUUUAUGAAAUGGCCCGUAGAGCUGUAGAAACUACUGCACAGAGUGAUAGUAAGAUCACAUGGUCCAAUAUCCGUGAGCAUAUGGGAGAGAUCCUCUAUAAACUUUCCUCCAUGAAAUUCAAGGAUCCAGUGAAAGAUGGUGAGGCAAAGAUCAAGGCAGACUAUGCACAACUUCUUGAAGAUAUGCAGAAUGCAUUCCGUAGCUUGGAAGAUUAGAACUGUGAUUUCUUUCCUCUUUUCCCUCAGCAAGCUCAUCUGUGUUUAUUUUCUUAAAUUCUCAUCUCAAACACUUGCUUCUGUAUUGUGCAGCCUUGAGACAAUGUGUAUUAUCAUUUGUUCCUGUGUUUAUUUGGUAGGUCUUAUAUAAAACAAACAUUCCUUUGUUUCAGUGUUUGAAAGCCUCCCUAUUUCUUUUAUCUGAAGUGGUGAAUGUAGUAAAUAUAUAUAUACAAUGGCUACACUACUGUAAACUUGUCAUGUAGCGUGAUGCGCAUAACCUUUUCCUAGGUUUGCCCUUUCCUCGUCUCCAUGAAAUUGUAAACAGGACUACUGCAUGUACUCUAUUUGCAAUGGAUUUAGAAUGGAAGAUCAGGUACUCUGGGAAAUGACUCAAUAUCUAUAUGGUAAGGAGAUUUACAGUUUAACAUUUCUAAAUAACGGCUUUGCAGGAAGUACUUCCUUUUAAAAAACAUGAAUGAUUAAUGACCCAAUUACACUUUGCUUUCCCAGUAUAAAUCAGGAA